UGAUCGAAAGUCGUCGUAUAUCUAUGUCAUCACUUCCUGUCGCCAUCGUAUUUACCUUUUUGUGUUUCUUCGAUUGUCAAAACUUUCCAAAAUGAAUCGUUUAUUUGGAAGGGCCAAGCCCAAGGAACCCCCGGCAAACUUAAAUGAUUGCAUUAGUAAUAUUGAUUCCAGAGGUGAAUCAAUGGACAAAAAAAUCAAUAGGUUGGAUAUGGAACUGAAGAAAUACAAAGAUCAAAUGAAAAAGAUGCGAGAAGGGCCUUCCAAGAAUACUGUUAAGCAAAAGGCUAUGCGAGUAUUGAAACAAAAGAAAAUGUAUGAACAACAACGGGAGCAACUUGAUAAUCAAUCAUUCAAUUUGGAGCAGCAGAACUUUGCCAUCCAGUCACUAAAAGACACAAAAACUACAGUAGAUGCAAUGAAGAGUGGAGUGAAGGAAUUCAAGAAAGCUUACAAGCAUGUCAAAAUUGACGACAUUGAGGAUCUACAAGACCAACUUGAAGACUUGACUGAAGAAGCAGGUGAAAUCCAAGAAAUUAUGGGCCGAAGUUAUGGCAUGCCUGAGAUUGAUGAUUCAGAAUUAGAAGCUGAGCUUGAUGCCCUUGGAGAUGAAAUUCAAUUAGAUGAAGAUACCUCUUACUUAGAUGAUGCAGUUACUACUCCUAGUGUCCCAACAAGUGAGCCGGGUAUUGAUAGUACAAAGGACAGUGUACCAGUGGAUGAAUUCGGUCUCCCGCAAAUUCAGUCAGCGAAAUAAAAAGAUGUGCAUUGAGAGAGUUGAUUUAAUUCUCUUUGUGACUGUGGUAUCCAAUGCUGAUUUUGUACACUUGACUUUUAUGAGAGAGAAACAAAAAAUAUACAAAAUAAUAAGAAUCAUCUACCCAAUGGAUUUAUUUUAAUUUUCUCAUUAUUUUAAUUUACUUUGUUAUAAUGUAGAUAAAUGUUGAUAAUAAAAGUUUCAAUUGUUA